GAAAAGAAACACCAUCGCCUAUUUCUUACCCCGUCGUCUACAUUCUCUUUGUCCUCCUCGUAAGCCUGUCGUAGCUCUCCCUGCUUCUCUUCCUCUUCCGCCCUCAUCGACCUCCAACACCAACUCUACAAAUUUCGUUUGGCUUCCAGAACUCCAUCAAGUUAGAAAAUUCUGGAUUUGAGCAAGGAGGAGGAGAUUUAAUUCAAAUUUGGUUCUUCUUUGUUGGGUUCAAUUUCCAAGACGGCUUCAAAAAGAAACUUUCUUGAAUCAUUGUGGCCAUAACUGCAUCGACAUUUCUAAGCACCUUGAGAAAGGCGGGUGAUCUGGAGGUCUGCUUCUUCUUCUUCUUCUUUCGCUGCCCCACCAUUGUUCUCUCUGAAUCGGUGCCUUCUGUAAACAUCACUUGAUGGCAAUGUUUGCCUGCUGGUCUAGCUUGCUGGUCAGGAAGAAGAAGAAAUCCAAGGGAUUUUCCAAUGAUGCGGGUAAAAAGGGAAGUAACAAUGGGGACCUUCGGGUUAAGCCUAUUGAUCUUGUUAGCCCCUCUUCCUCCACUGACAAUGGCAUGAAAGAGCAAGUUUUAACUGACUCAAAAUCUUUUCCAUCGGUAGCGAAAAGAUCUUCUAUCAUUCCUAAGGUACGAAGUGAAGAUAGCUUGGCAACAGCUGAGUCUACAGGAGAUGCAGCUUAUGAGGGGGGUGAUGAGCAUGAAGAGAUUCGAACAAUGAAGAAAGAGAACUCUGACUUAGAUCUCCAGCCCAAAGGAGGACUUUCCUUCCAUGGAUCGAACACUGACUCAAACAGCUAUGAAUUCCGGAAGACAGAGACAAAUAAAGGGAUUGCAGGUGAGGCACAGAUUGCAAGUGGGCAUGUUAGUGAUCCAGGAAUGGAGAGGACAGCUUUCUUGGAGUCACCAGUGCUUAAGCGCUCAUGUUCAAACAUUGAGACCAAGCAGGCUAAGCAAUGGAUCAAGUCGCCUAAGAGGUCAAGUUCUUACAGUAACCUCCAGAACUUACCAGGAAAUUGCAGAGUCGAAAUCACUUAUGAAAACUACAGUAGUCCAUUAUCUUUAAGGUCCUCUUGCAGUGCCGAUCAUGUGAUGCUAAAGAGACGGUCUUCAAGUCAAGUUCUCCCCUCUAGAAGCAGAAAAAUAUGGUGGAAACUCUUCCUUUGGAGCCAUAGGAAUCUCCACGAGCCUAGAGCUCCUCAAAGGCAGAUUUCAAUUCUCAGUGCUCCUAAGCGAAAGGACGGGUAUUCAUCUGAUACCCAUGAACCUGGCCAGAAGCUUGACAAAGGGAAGAAGACAGAAAUAGAACCUGAGAACCACCACUGGGUUGCUUUCUCUGUAGGGUCUUCACAUAUGGACAGAGUUAAUGCUUGGGUAAACAGCCUUGAGGAUUGUUCAUUCGUUCCUAUUAAUGUUGAAGAAGAUUGUGAUGCUAUGGAAGAUGAAAAAUCUUCUAACCAUCAUCACUUGGGGAUCAAAGAGACCUCUGAAAAAGUUUGUUCUCAUACUAGUCGUCAUGCAGCAGAGGAUGUAGCACAAGCUGAUAAUAUCAUCCAGUCCUUAAAUACAUUCUCGUCGGCAGCCCAUAUCUCUGGCAUUGGCUUAAAAGUUAUUCCUUCCAUUUCAGCCUUUGCCAGCCUUAGAUCUGUCAAUCUCUCUGGCAACUCCAUAGUUCACAUUACUUCAGGAUCUCUUCCAAAGAAUCUUCACACUCUGGACUUGUCUCGGAACAAGAUUUCUACUAUUGAAGGAUUCAGAGAGCUCGAAAGGCUGAGGAUUCUCAAUCUAAGCUAUAACAGAAUCACGAGAAUUGGUCAUGGACUAUCGAGUUGCACUAUCAUAAGAGAGUUGUACCUUGCUGGUAAUAAGAUCAGCAAUGUUGAGGGCCUUCACCGUCUUCUAAAGCUUACAGUGCUAGAUCUCAGCUUCAAUAAGAUAACCACAGCCAAGGCAUUAGGCCAGCUUGUUGCAAACUACAACUCCCUUCUAGCUCUCAACCUCCUAGGCAAUCCAAUACAGACCAACAUUGGAGAAGAUCAACUCAGAAAGGCAGUUUUGAGCCUUCUUCCCCAUGUUACUUACUUGAAUAAGCAGCUUAUCAAGCCUCACAAAGUGCGAGAGGUUGUGACGAAGAGUGUAACUAAGGCUGCCCUUGGAGAUGUUGCAAGGAGCUCCAGAAGGAAGUUGACGAGACGAUUGAGCCAGGGUUCGGGUUCUGCAACCAAGAGCAGAGUUGGUGAAGGUUCUUUCAGGGCUAUUAAGCAUGGCAAGAGCAGGCACUCAACUUCCGGUAGGAAGUAAGCUCAGUGAUGUAUAUUGUUUGAAGUUGCAAGUGAAGGUUUCUCUUUCCUUAUUAUGGGAAGCUUCAGCUGGAGAAACAAACUCAAACUGAAUGGAUGGAUAGAAUGGCGCAAUUCUCUUCUUCAAAAUAAGGACUUUUGCGCCUUUUGAAUAUGAACUUGUUGUCUAUUUCAUGUAAUUUUUUUGGCAUAAUAAUAUCCGUCCUUGUAGAGAACUAUAGCAUUGUUCCUAGCUAUCUUUCUCUAUUGAUUGCUAGAUUCCUGUAUCUGGCUGCUUUUUUUAAGCUGGAUGAAUUAUCGUGUAAAAUGAACAAAAAAACUGUAGAGACUUGUGAUGUAAGAAGAUCCUUGCAUAGAAAAUGGAAGUCAUAACUGUGAAUUUGCACUGUUC